CAGUGUCGGCUUCACAACGUUGAACAACGGCGCGGUGGGUCACGUGACAGCAUCUGCUGCUGCUGGCUGAGCGAGGCGUGUUAGCAGAUUUUUCUAUUUUGUACAUACAUUGUUUUGUAUAUACUGUAUAUGAUGACUUCAGUGAUCAGCAGUCAAGCCCGGGGGACUCGGGAUAGAAUGCUGCCCACCAACACAAACACAACACAACCACAGAAACAGAUACAGCCCACAGCAGAACAGAUUCGUUUAGCCCAAAUGAUCUAUGACAAAAAUGAUCCAGACUUUGAAGACAAAGUCCAACAGCUGAUUGAGGUAACAGGGAAGACUCAAGAUGAGUGCAUGGUAGCCCUCCAUGACUGCAACGAAGAUGUAAACAGAGCCAUUAAUUUUCUCCUGGAGAGCACCUCUGACACGAACUCCUGGGAGACUGUGGGGAAGAAGCGAAGCCCAGGAAAGGAAGGAGGGCCCUCAGAGAUGAAGGAGACCCGGGAAAAGAAAGGAGAAAGGGAGGUCAGCCGCGGACGUGGAGGAUCUAACAGGAGGGGCCGAGGCAUCAGUAGAGGCCGUGAAGGUCGAGUUGAAGAGAAUGGGUUUGAUGUGGCCCCUGGUGAAAGGGGGGGUGACCGUGGACGCAGGGGACGAGGCAGAGGGGCAGGGGGUCGUGGUAGAGGACGGGCAGCUGCUGGCAACAGGUUUUCCUCCCAGGGAAUGGGCACCUUUAAUCCUGCUGACUACACGGCUAACUCUGGAGGUCGCCAGGAGACAUGGGAAGCAGAUGGCAAUGAACCUGCUGAGGGAACUGGAACUUGGGGAGGCAAUUUGGAAGACUGGACUUCAGAAGACUGGAGUGAAGAUUUGUCUGAGACCAAAGUAUUCACUGCCUCAUCUGCCCCAACAAACCACAUCACACCUGGACAUAAUGUGGACCUGACAACCCUACUGCCUAAGGCUGGAGUGGGUGUCGGGGGUUCUGUGGACUCUGACUUGGGGGCAAUAGUUGAUGGCCCCUCAGCUGAGGAUUUGGGCCAAAGCCUGGUGUUUACCAAUUCCCACCAUAAUGGACGCACUGCUACACACAGCUACGCACAUGCCACAGCCAACAGCUACGCCCAUGCGGCCUCUGCUAACACCACCUACGCACAUGCUGCACUGUCCUCGGUCCUGGGUUCUGGUUUUGGGUCUCUGAAUGCACCUAAGCCAACACCUGCUUCUGACAUCAGGACGUCAGAGCAGCUCAACGGGCCUCGACUUCCCCAGAGAGGCAGUCAGACAUUGGCUGCCACCAGCAACAGUAGUAGUGUAUCCAAAGAAGCUGGCCCACCGCCCAUACCAAGUCCUGCUCCAGCCCCCUCUCCCUCUGUAGAGGCUGUGAAGGCUCAGCGGGUGGAAAAUGGCCCUGUUACUGCCCAACACUUGGAGAUGAAGCUGCAACCAGAGCCAUCAGCAGUGCUCAGCCAGCUAGCUCAGAGACAACAGCACUCCUCCAUCCUUACCACCACAGAGCCCCUGGGUCUGUCUCAGCCACACGCUCCACAGGUUCCCACACCACCAGGCCAUGAGUCCUCCAUAAGAAGAGAUGGAGCUUCUCCAGGAGUAAAGCUGCCAGGCAUGGAGCCUCCCAUCACAGAGCCUCCUCAGCGGCAGCUCAGGACACAAAGACGGAGGGUACCUCCUCCCUCAAAAAUCCCCUCGUCAGCAGUGGAGAUGCCAGGCUCAGCAGAUGUAUCUGGCCUUAAUGUUCAGUUUGGAGCUCUUGAUUUUGGGUCUGAAGCUGCUAGUGCGACAGUGGACAUGACCCAGACAGAGUUAGCCAGAGAGCAAGCCCCGACUCAAGCCACAGCUCCUGCAGCUCCAGCACCCAUGUCUGGCCCCACCCCUGUUCAAACACAGCAGAGCAGCCUGUUCUCCAAGCCUGGAACUGUAAGUGACCACAUGGGCAGCAUGCCUCCUUUACCAUCAGUUGUGUCAGAUCCAAGUUUUCCAUCACCAUCUCUGGGAUUACCCAGUGCCACACCCUCCCCCUCCAUGGGCCUUCCCAGUGGCGUUGCUCAACCUUCUUCUACUGCAACUACUACAGUCAGUCGAGGGGAGAACAGCGGCCCAAGGUCACUGCCACCCCAUUUGGGCUUCUCUCAGAGCAAAGAUGUCUCAUCACCUGGUGCUGGACCUCUCACAAAUGGCUACAGUGGCAUGAAGACACAGAGUACACAAGACACUACAGCAACAUCUAGAACUAUGAAAACAGAUUCUCCAGUUAUGACAAGUGACAGUGGUCCUGCACACCACGUCCCUUCCCCUGCCGUCACGCCUUCACACACAACACCCAUCCCAUCGCUCAGCAGUCAUGUGAACAGCAGUCACUCAUCUGGAUCAGCUCUCACCACAAGCUCUUCACUGACGAUGACUAAUGACGAGAGCAGCAGCAACAAUCUCCAUGCGUUUUCGUCGUCAUCCAGCCAGGUGGCCAACCCCAGCUCGUCAGCCCCCUUAGCUGUCAGCAGCUCUACCACCAAUGGUCUGCACCCAUCUGGAGCACCAGGACUUACUCCGAAUGGCACAAACACCACCACGAAUGCCACACUCUCAGCUGCAGGCAGCCGGACAGCACCCCUGCUUACCACGACCUCUGGUAAAGCUCCUCCCAACUUGGCCCAAGGAGUGCCACCUCUUUUGGCCAAUCAAUAUAUAAUGGGCCCUGGUGGCUUGCUCCCAGCUUACCCGCAGAUCUACGGAUAUGAGGACCUGCAAAUGCUGCAGUCUCGACUUCCUAUGGACUACUAUGGUGUAACAUUCCCUGGUACUACAGCUACUAUGCCUGGAAGAGAUGGCCUGGCGAACAAUCCUUACUCUGGUGAAGCAACAAAGUUUGGCAGAAAUGACUCGUCUUCUCCAGCUCCUCCAACCAGCCUGUCUACGGCUGGGGUGCAGUCACAGCCCCAACAGGCACCACAGGCAGCAACACAAGGGCAGGGCCAGGGACAAAGCCAGGGUCAGCAGACUCAGAACCAGGCUUUCCUCAACCCUCCUCUACCCCCAGGUUAUGGAUACACUGGUCUGCCAUACUACGCUGGUGUACCUGGGGUCCCCUCAGCCUUUCAGUACGGCCCCACCGUCUUUGUGCCUCCUGCUUCGGCAAAGCAGCCUGCAAUGGGCCUGGCUAAUCCCUCCAAUCAGUACCACCAACAGCAUCAACCCAGUUAUGGACAGCAUGCAUAUGGCACAGCCUUUGAUGACCUGUCUCAAGCCCACGGUGGGGAGUACAGUAAGGGAGGGUACGGAGGUUCAGCCCAGUCACAGGCCAAGUCAGCAGGCAGCGGUCCGGGGAAAGAUGAUUCUACAGUCAAGAGUGUUCUGGAGAAAGCUCCAGGACUCUCUGGCUCAGGUUCCAGUGCGGGAGUACCUGAUAUGGGAGGCUCAAUCUACAGUAAAACGCAGUCGUUUGACAAGCAGGGCUUCCACACAGGCACGCCGCCUCCCUUCAGCCUGCCUUCAGCUCUUGGGGGUACAGGGCCUCUGAAUCCUGGUGGUGCUCCUGGCUAUGCCCCUGCUCCUUUCCUGCACAUUCUGCCACCACACCAACAGCCCCACUCCCAGCUGCUGCACCAUCACCUGGCACAGGAUGGACAGGGUGGCCCUGGUCAGCGCAGUCAGUCCAGCAGCAUGCAACAGAAAACCCAAGGCAGCAAGUCCAGUUACGGCAGCUCCCCCUACUGGGCCAACUGAGGAUUGCUUCCCACUCCCCUACCCCAAAAGGCUGUGUGUGCGUGCGUGUGUGUUAAGCUAAAACAAACAAAAAAGCAAACGAAAACACACUACCCUCACAAAGAGCAACACUGGGCCUUCUCGCCCUGCUCCCCCCACCUCCACAAGUCCUCAUAAGUCUUUUGGGUUCUCUCUUCCCCCUUUUUUGAAAUUGGUUGUACAUGUAAGAUAUUUAUGUAUGUAUUUAUAUAUAUAUACUGUAUAUGUAAUAGUAGAACAUGAAAUGUGGUUGCUACAUUUUAUUUUUGAAGGACUUUUGUUUACUUUUUUCAAAACUGCAGGAAAAGAUGUUACAUUAAGACAGAAUGAAAAUGAUGGUGGUGAGAGUGAGUGAAAAUAAAUGAUCCAAAAUUUCCUGGAAGAAACCAGAAAAAGGAAAUGGAGAGAGCUUUAGCACUGAUUGCAUAUGAGGACAUUUCAGAUGGGGGUGGGGUUUAUAAUAACUAACUGCAUCUGUCUUCUUUUUUUUUCUUUUUCUUUUUAUACAUAAACUUCCUAAGUGACCAGGCUCGUCCCCCAAACUUCAUUUUGUAGUUUCCCCAUCUUUCCCUCUCUCCCUCCUUUCUUCUGGAGAGCUGCCUACCUUUCCCAAUCCAACACCUUCCCUUUAAAGACAGACCUACCAAUCUAAAUUUUAUAUUUUCAUUUAAUUUUAACCUUCAUUGCCCUCGAAAUAAAAGUUCUGAGCAGUUGGAAUCAUGA